CAGGGCGGCAACAGCGCGGGGCCGGUGGCACCGGGGCGGCAGCGCUAAGCCCCGGUGCCCGGCGGGGGGGCCGGCGGCGACCGUGCCAUGCGGGGCUCCCCCCCCCCGGCGGCGGCGGGGCGGGAGGGCAGCGGCGGCCCAUGCGGCUGGGGUGGCCGGGCGGCGGUUGACACCAUGUGCGCCCGGUGCCCGGGGCGAGGAGCGGGCAGCAGCCAUGUCCCCCCCCGCAGCCCCGCCGGGGGUGCCGGGCGGGCGCGGCUCUAAGGGGCCCCCGGCGCGAAAGCUGCUCUGUAUGUGCAGCCUCUCUCUCUGCCUCACCUACCUGUGCUAUAGCCUCAUGGGGGGCACUGGCCCCGCCGCGCUGCGCUCUCCCGCCGCGCUGCCCGGCACGGCGGCCCCGCGCCCCCCGGGGGUCCUCCCUGGCACGGCGGCCCCGCGCCCCGCCGCCAGCGCCAGCCCCAGCCCCGCCGCCCCGGCCCCCUCCGCGGCACCGACUCGGGCCUCCAACGGCAGCCGGGAAGGGGCGACAGGCUCCUGGCCGCAGUCGCCGCUGGCUCCCGGGGAGGUGAUCACGGCGCAGAGCGGAGCCUUCGAGAGGGACCCGCAGGAGUCGAGCACCACAGACGAGGAGCUGAGCCGGGCCGGCAGCCCCGGCAGCCGCGGUGUCGGCGGCAGCACGACGCCGGACUACGGGGAGAAGCGGCUGCCGCAAGCCCUCAUCAUCGGGGUGAAGAAGGGGGGGACGCGGGCGCUGCUAGAGGCAAUCCGGGCGCACCCCGACGUGCGUGCUGUGGGCACCGAGCCCCACUUCUUCGACAGGAACUACGAGAAGGGGCUGGAGUGGUACAGGAAUGUGAUGCCCAAGACGCUGGAGGGCCAGAUCACCAUGGAGAAGACCCCCAGCUACUUUGUGACCAACGAGGCCCCCAAGCGCAUUCACUCCAUGGCCAAGGACACAAAGCUGAUCGUGGUGGUGAGGAACCCGGUCACCAGGGCCAUCUCUGACUACACCCAGACGCUUUCCAAGAAGCCUGAGAUCCCCACCUUUGAGGUGCUGGCCUUCAAGAACCGAACCCUGGGGCUGAUUGAUGCCUCCUGGAGCGCGAUCCGCAUCGGGAUCUAUGCCCUGCACCUGGAGAACUGGCUCCAGUACUUCCCCCUCUCCCAAAUCCUUUUUGUCAGUGGUGAGAGGCUCAUCACUGACCCAGCAGGGGAGAUGGCCAAAGUUCAGGACUUCUUAGGCCUCAAAAGGAUUGUGACAGAGAAACAUUUUUAUUUUAAUAAAACCAAGGGAUUCCCCUGUCUAAAGAAGCCAGAGGACAGCAGUGCUCCCCGCUGCUUGGGCAAGUCCAAGGGUCGAACUCACCCCAAAAUAGACCCAGAUGUCAUCCACAGACUGCGGAAGUUUUACAAACCCUUCAAUGUCAUGUUCUACCAAAUGACAGGCCAGGAUUUCCAGUGGGAGCAGGAAGAAAGUGAUAAGUAGACCCACAAGAUCAGGAAAACAAAAGGUCUUUUCUUUUGAGAUGAGAACCGUCCUUACAGACCCAAAAUUCGCUCGGAGCUGAGGCUCAGCCUUGCAAGCGCAAGACUCUUGCGCUCUCAGGGUUGCAGCCCAAGCUGCUCCAAGAUUCCAGCUCUGGAACCUUAGUGGCAUGUCACCUCAGGUUGCACAUGGGCUGAGGAGUAGGGGGGAUGGCUGGGAGGAGAAGGAGGCAUUUGUGUCGUCAUUUUGCUGCUGGUGUGCCGCUCACAGCCAGGCAGGCAGGACCAGCACCUCCUGCCACAUCCAGCUGAGCAGGAGCGUGGCUCACAAAACCCAGCAGCACUGGGACAAACCCAGAGGUUUGAGUUCUCCUGCCCUGGCUUUUAGUUUUGCCCAAACAGCAGCAUCAGAUCUGGUGAAUUCAGGACACAUGCAUUCACAUGCACACUGGUACUUGUGUGUGGAAGGAAUAAAGCCAGUUAUGCUGCAGAGGAACUAUGUACAGGAACUUCAUUUGCACCAGACAUUUCAACUACUUGUUGCACUAAAACUUCUAUUUACCAAGUGCCACAAAACACCAGGGCCUGAUCCUCCUCCAGCUGAUGGGUGCAUCCCCACCACUGGAACAGAGGUGUUCCUGCUUUGCUGGCAUGCUCAGUGAGAUCAGAACCGGGGCCUCCCCCAGACCCCCACAUCCUGGGACCAUCCCCAGGCACCUGCUCGGAGCACGCUGGGGCCUCACUGUACGGCCAAGCUGCCGAGGCACAGUGCAGAGCCUCUGUAGCUCCUCUCAGCUAGGCUGUGCCAUGCCCUGCUCCAUGGUUUGGAGCCAGGCCUUCCUGAUGGGCACUGGGUGGCCCACCACAGGGCAGAGGUGUGGGGACAGCCCCAGUGUAGGGUCUGGGCAGGACUGACCCCUGGGGUCCCUGGCACUGCCUUUCCUUUGCACCUUGAAAACAAGAUCUGUGCUGCCUGCUGCUGACAGUCAGGUUGGCAGAAUGGGGGAGCAGCUUCACCUCUGCUUCAGAAUUGCAACUCAGCAAUUAAUUCUGAGGGUGAGUAUGGCUCUGCACAAGUAUGUGUGCUUUCUAGGGGAAAUGACCAAGGCAACCACAUUUGCAAAUCCUGGUAGAUACUGCAGAAUAAACCCAUAUCCCAACUGGAUCAUCCAGCAAGGUGCCAGGAGCUGCACACUGGAAGCAGUGGAGAGCAGACCAGCAGUGCUUUGCCACAGCUGUGCUGUUUUCAUCGCCAUCACACAGAGAAAACCAGCAAGAGAGGGAAAUAAAACAUGGAGCUGCUGCUGCUGCUGCUGCAGUGUUUCUUUUGCUUGGGUGACUUCUAAUGGCACUCAAACAUCACUGGCUGCCUGCUUUGGUUUAAUGCGUGGUGAGGAUGGCUCCAGGGGAGUGCAGCUGUGUCCCUCAUCCCCUUUUGGGUGGCAGGUCCCUGGCUGUUGGAAGGCAGUAGAGCUGUGGUGUGAGAUUGCUGUGGGAGACUCACUUUUGAUUAAAGGGGCAAGAAAUGCCUGCUGAUCCAGCUAAGCAAAUGAAAUCAGUGCUGAGCUGGGUAACAAGCUGAGCCAGCUCUGGGUUUCGUGGCCUGUGGUGUGGUUCGUUACACCAUGAAGUGGUGCUGGUGCCUUGGAUUGGAUGAAAAGAACUGAAGCCAUUUGGAACAUGUUCACUCUGGGCCAUGCUGGAGGGGCACUGCAAGGUCCCUGCUCAUGCCCUGUUAGUUCCUAUUAGCCUGAUUAGGUUAAAAUACAGCUCCUGACACAACACAGGUUUCACAGACUCACAACCCCCCCAAAUUAUGACAUGAAAAUUGGAAGUAUGUAAUAGGAAUUAUGUCACAGUGUCUCACUGAAAUGUCAGCUCAGCUCCUAAGUGAGAGCUGCUGUUCCACAGUUUGGUGCAAGCUGCUUGAAGGAGUCAGGCAGAGGACAAGGGGCUCAUCCAGGCCCCUCACCACAGGGAUAUUCAGACAUUUUUGCCUGUUCCAGGCUGCUGCAGCCAUGACACCACUGGCAUUGGUGGCUAUGAUUGGAGCCUGCUGGGGGAGAUGGCAGGACCAGUGGGUCUGGCUCUGCUGGAGGGGCUCAGAUAUGGGGGAAUGUCAUCCUGGCUCAUGGCAUGGCCAGAAUCUGGCAGGGCAGCACUGCGUGUGACCACAGCUGUUACAGCCAUCAGCAUGGUACUGGGCAUUGCCUCCAUAGCCAAAGCUGGGACAGUCAGCCUUCAUCCAUGGUUUAUCCAGGAGCAGCUUUUCUCUGAUCAAGGUCUCAUUGAACUUGGAAGAGUCCUUGAGACCUCCCUCCCUACCCAGCAGGUCUCCCUGCAAGCCCAGCCCUGGUCUGGUCUGAGCCCUGCCCCAUCAUUUCUCUCUGGGCAGCUCAGGAAGGCUUCCCUGGGAAGCAGCUCUGGUCCCCAGCUGCCAUCAAACCACUGUCACUUUCCUCAUCAUGCCCCUCGCUGAAGGGACAGAAGAUUCAAACCUGUGUGUUUGAGAACUACAACUGAGUGCAGCACCUCUCUGGGGAAGCCAUGGUGUGUGCUGGGCCAGGCAAGAGCAGCCCUCUUGCAGUGGGACCAGGUACAGUCAUGCCUGGGGUUCAGUCCUGCAGCUGGAGAGAGGAUAUGGAGGAGGGAUCCAGAGAGGGGUUCCCACAGCAGGGCCCCAUCCCCAGGAGGAGCCACCCCAUAGUUGGUGGUGCUGGGCUUGCUCCUGCCUCGCCCCACUGCCUCUGCUCCCACUCCUGCUCUUUCUGCCAUAUCUCCAGAGGUUUAUUUUUGAUACUGGUGCCAUCUCCAGCUUGGGAAGAGCUGCUGAGCACCUGGCUGGGAGAGGAAGCCCUGCUCCACUGUCCCACGGACGGUGACCACCCCAGCAGGGCAGAAUGGGACCCCUCCAGGUGCCACCAAUGUGCUACCAGGGAGCAGGAUGUGCCAGCCAGCAUGGGCCGGGGGGCACAGGGGGCUCAGGGUGGUGGUGGUAUCCUGUUCUGUUUUCCUGAGCUGUGCCCUGCCACUGCCACGCUUGAGCAGGGGCUGGCAGAGGGGUUGUAUCCUGGCUGGCCAGCCAGUGGCCUGCCAGAUGAGAGAGAGAGUCAGGUUAAUAA